CGCUCCCUAGCCAGUGCCCAUGCGGGGCUGCAGCCACUGACGCCAGAGAGGUGUCUCCUGCCCCUGCUGGGAGUGAUCGACCGAGGCCGCAGAGAUGGCCGGGGCCUCCGUGAAGGUGGCGGUGCGCGUGCGCCCCUUCAACUCCCGGGAGAUGAGCCGCGACUCUAAGUGCAUCAUCCAGAUGGCUGGCAGCACCACCACCAUCAUUAACCCCAAACAGCCCAAGGAGACGCCCAAGAGCUUCAGCUUCGACUACUCCUACUGGUCACACACCUCGCCCGAGGACAUCAACUACGCCUCGCAGAAGCAGGUGUACCGGGACAUAGGUGAGGAGAUGCUGCAGCACGCCUUCGAAGGCUACAACGUGUGCAUCUUCGCCUAUGGGCAGACGGGCGCCGGCAAGUCCUACACCAUGAUGGGCAAGCAGGAGAAGGACCAGCAGGGCAUCAUCCCACAGCUCUGUGAGGAUCUCUUCUCUCGGAUCAAUGACACGACCAACGACAACAUGUCCUACUCCGUGGAGGUCAGCUACAUGGAGAUCUACUGUGAGCGUGUCCGUGACCUCCUGAACCCCAAGAACAAGGGCAACCUGCGGGUGAGGGAGCACCCGCUGCUGGGGCCCUACGUGGAGGACCUCUCCAAGCUGGCUGUCACCUCCUACAAUGACAUCCAGGACCUCAUGGACUCAGGGAACAAGGCCAGGACGGUGGCCGCCACGAACAUGAACGAGACCAGCAGCCGUUCCCACGCCGUCUUCAACAUCAUCUUCACCCAGAAGCGCCACGACGCGGAGACCAACAUCACCACCGAGAAAGUGAGCAAAAUCAGUCUGGUGGACCUGGCCGGGAGCGAGCGGGCAGACUCCACGGGAGCCAAGGGCACGCGUCUCAAGGAGGGAGCCAACAUCAACAAGUCCUUGACCACUCUGGGGAAGGUCAUCUCUGCCCUGGCGGAAAUGGACUCUGGGCCCAACAAGAACAAGAAGAAGAAGAAGACGGAUUUCAUUCCAUACCGGGACUCCGUGCUGACCUGGCUCCUCCGGGAGAACCUGGGUGGGAACUCCAGGACAGCUAUGGUGGCGGCCCUGAGCCCUGCCGACAUCAACUACGACGAGACCCUCAGCACCCUGAGAUACGCCGACCGUGCCAAGCAGAUCCGCUGUAACGCAGUCAUCAACGAGGACCCCAACAACAAGCUGAUCCGGGAACUAAAGGAUGAGGUGACCCGGCUGCGCGAUCUGCUGUACGCCCAGGGGCUCGGCGACAUCACCGACACCAGCACUGUGCCCGGAGGACCCAAAUUGACCGACGCCCUGGCGGGCAUGAGCCCCUCGUGCUCGCUGUCGGCCCUGUCCAGCCGCGCGGCCUCCGUGUCCAGCCUGCACGAGCGCAUCUUGUUUGCCCCGGGCAGCGAGGAGGCCAUCGAGAGGCUGAAGGAAACAGAGAAGAUCAUCGCCGAGCUCAACGAGACCUGGGAGGAGAAGCUGCGGCGCACGGAAGCCAUCCGCAUGGAGAGGGAAGCUUUGCUGGCUGAGAUGGGCGUGGCCAUGAGGGAGGACGGCGGCACCCUGGGCGUGUUCUCUCCCAAGAAGACACCACAUCUGGUCAACCUGAACGAGGACCCUCUGAUGUCGGAGUGCCUCCUCUACUACAUCAAAGAUGGCAUCACCAGAGUGGGCAGGGAGGACGGCGAGAGGCGGCAGGACAUCGUCCUCAGCGGGCACUUCAUCAAGGAAGAGCACUGUGUGUUCCGGAGCGACUCCAGGGGCGGCAGUGAAGCCGUGGUGACCCUGGAGCCCUGCGAGGGGGCAGACACCUACGUCAACGGCAAGAAAGUGACAGAGCCCAGCAUCCUGCGGUCAGGAAACCGUAUCAUCAUGGGUAAGAGCCACGUGUUCCGCUUCAACCACCCGGAGCAGGCGCGGCAGGAGCGGGAGCGCACGCCCUGCGCCGAGACGCCCGCCGAGCCCGUGGACUGGGCCUUCGCGCAGCGCGAGCUGCUGGAGAAGCAGGGCAUCGACAUGAAGCAGGAGAUGGAGCAGAGGCUGCAGGAGCUGGAAGACCAGUACCGCCGGGAGCGGGAGGAGGCCACCUACCUGCUGGAGCAGCAGCGGCUGGACUACGAGAGCAAGCUGGAGGCCCUGCAGAAGCAGAUGGACUCCAGGUACUGCCCAGAGGUGAACGAGGAGGAGGAGGAGCCGGAGGACGAAGUUCAGUGGACAGAGCGGGAGUGUGAGCUGGCGCUGUGGGCCUUCCGGAAGUGGAAGUGGUACCAGUUCACGUCCCUGCGGGACCUGCUGUGGGGCAACGCCAUCUUCCUCAAGGAAGCCAACGCCAUCAGUGUGGAGCUGAAGAAGAAGGUCCAGUUCCAGUUUGUCCUCCUCACCGACACGCUGUACUCCCCACUGCCUCCGGACCUGCUGCCCCCGGAGGCUGCCAAGGACCGGGAGACGCGGCCCUUCCCCCGCACCAUCGUGGCCGUGGAGGUGCAGGACCAGAAGAACGGCGCCACCCACUACUGGACGCUGGAGAAGCUCAGGCAGCGCCUGGACCUGAUGCGGGAGAUGUACGACCGAGCGGCCGAGGUGCCCUCCAGCGUGGUGGAGGACUGUGACAACGUGGUGACCGGCGGAGACCCCUUCUACGACCGCUUCCCCUGGUUCCGGCUGGUGGGCAGGGCCUUCGUCUACCUGAGCAACCUGCUGUACCCCGUGCCCCUGGUGCACCGCGUGGCCAUCGUCAGCGAGAAGGGCGAGGUGAAGGGCUUCCUCCGUGUGGCCGUGCAGGCGAUCUCAGCUGACGAGGAGGCCCCUGAUUACGGCUCUGGUGUCCGCCAGUCGGGCACCGCAAAGAUCUCCUUUGACGACCAGCAUUUCGAAAAGCUCCAGUCCGAGUCCUGCCCCGUGGUGGGGAUGUCGCGCUCGGGGACCUCCCAGGAGGAGCUUCGCAUCGUGGAGGGCCAGGGCCAGGGUGCGGACACAGGGCCCUCGGCCGACGAGGUCAACAACAACACCUGCUCGGCGGUGCCCGCGGAAGGCCUGCCUGACAGCCCCGAGAAAGCCACGCUGGACGGGGCCCUGGACGCAGCCGGGGACCACCUGCGCCUGAACAGCACCUUCACCUUCCGCGUCACGGUGCUGCAGGCCUCCAGCAUCUCCGCCGAGUACGCCGACAUCUUCUGCCAGUUCAACUUCAUCCACCGCCACGAUGAGGCCUUCUCCACGGAGCCCCUGAAGAACACGGGCAGGGGCCCCCCUCUCGGCUUCUACCACGUCCAGAACAUCGCGGUGGAGGUGACCAGGUCCUUUGUGGAGUAUAUCAAGAGCCAGCCCAUCGUGUUUGAGGUCUUCGGCCACUACCAGCAGCACCCCUUCCCGCCACUGUGCAAGGACGUGCUGAGCCCCCUGAGACCCUCACGCCGCCACUUCCCCCGCGUGAUGCCGCUGUCCAAGCCAGUGCCCGCCACCAAGCUCAGCACGCUGACACGGCCCUGCCCCGGGCCCUGCCACUGCAAGUACGACCUGCUGGUCUACUUCGAGAUCUGCGAGCUGGAGGCCAACGGGGAUUACAUCCCCGCCGUGGUGGACCACCGGGGAGGCAUGCCGUGCGUGGGGACCUUCCUGCUACACCAGGGCAUCCAGAGACGGAUAACGGUGACGCUUCUGCACGAGACGGGCAGCCACAUCCGCUGGAAGGAAGUGCGGGAGCUGGUCGUGGGUCGCAUCCGGAACACUCCAGAAACCGACGAGUCUCUGAUCGACCCCAACAUCCUGUCUCUCAACAUCCUCUCCUCCGGGUACAUCCAGCCGGCUCAGGACGACCGGACCUUCUACCAGUUCGAGGCUGCGUGGGACAGCUCCAUGCACAACUCCCUGCUGCUGAACCGCGUCACCCCCUACCGCGAGAAGAUCUACAUGACGCUGUCUGCCUACAUCGAGAUGGAGAACUGCACGCAGCCCGCGGUCAUCACCAAGGACUUCUGCAUGGUGUUCUACUCCCGCGACGCCAAGCUGCCCGCCUCGCGCUCUAUCCGCAGCUUGUUCGGCAGCGGGAGCCUGCGGGCCUCCGAGAGCAACCGUGUGACAGGCGUGUAUGAGCUCAGCCUGUGCCGCGUGGCCGACGCGGGCAGCCCGGGGAUGCAGCGGCGGCGCCGGCGGGUGCUGGACACGUCUGUGGCCUACGUCCGUGGUGAGGAGAACCUGGCCGGCUGGAGGCCCCGGAGCGACAGCCUCAUCUUGGACCAUCAGUGGGAGCUGGAGAAGCUGAGCCUCCUACAGGAGGUGGAGAAGACCAGACACUACCUGUUGCUGCGGGAGAAGCUGGAGACCACCCAGCGGCCCGGCCCCGACGUGCUGUCCCCGGGCUCCAGCGAGGACUCGGGGUCCUGCGGCUCCUCGGGCGCCUCCUCCCCGCUCUCGCCCCUGGAGGCCCCCAGCGAGAGACAGCGGGAGCUGGCAGUUAAGUGCUUACGCCUCCUCACGCACACGUUCAACAGGGAGUACACCCACAGCCAUGUCUGCGUCAGCGCCAGCGAGAGCAAGCUCUCGGAGAUGUCCGUCACCCUGCUGCGAGACCCAUCCAUGUCCCCCCUGGGGGCUGCCACGCUCACCCCCUCCUCCACCUGCCCCUCCCUGGUUGAAGGGCGGUACGGUGCUGCUGACCUGAGGACCCCUGCUCCCUGCUCCCGGCCAGCCAGCCCAGAGCCCGAGCCCGGACCAGAGGCUGACGCCAGGAAGCUCCCCUCGCCCGCCCGGGCCCCGGAGGCUGACAAGGAGCCGCAGCGCCUGCUGGUCCCUGACAUCCAGGAGAUCCGAGUCAGCCCGAUCGUCUCCAAGAAGGGGUACCUGCACUUCCUGGAGCCGCACACGGCCGGCUGGGCCAAGCGGUUCGUGGUGGUCCGGCGCCCCUACGCCUACAUGUACAACAGCGACAAGGACACCGUGGAGAGGUUCCUGCUCAACCUGUCCACCGCCCAGGUGGAGUACAGUGAGGACCAGCAGGCCAUGCUCAAGACGCCCAACACAUUCGCCGUGUGCACCGAGCACCGUGGCAUCCUGCUGCAGGCCAACAGCGACAAGGACAUGCACGACUGGCUGUACGCCUUCAACCCCCUGCUGGCCGGGACCAUCCGGUCCAAGCUGUCCCGGAGGAGGUCUGCGCAGAUGAGGGUCUGAGUGGCGGCUGUCCCACGCCAUCAGGGCCGCUCCCCGCCCUCUCCCCUGUCUGUCCUGUGGUCGCCGCCUGCCCCCUCCCCACCAGCAGGGCAGGCAGGGCGGGGGCGCUGCACUCUGGUUUUUUUUAAGCAUAGACAGACAUAAUUAAUCCACCUUAGUGACGAGUCUGCCCAGAAAUCGAGUUCUAUUUAUAAGUAUUUAUUUCGGAGGCCCCAUGUAGCCGUGUAAAAGCCUUGUGUCCCCUUGCAUCCCACACCCCUCGGGGAGGCACAGAGGCAGGUGGGGGCGGGGUGAGCGCUGGGCGGGGCCAGGCCCCUGGUCGUCAGCACCCCCUGGGGCGUGUGGAGCUCCUGGUGCCAGAAGUCCCAGCCGCACACAAGAGGCAGAGCCCACCUGUCACCCGGGAACCCCAUCACCUGGGCAACACCUGUGAUGUCACUCUGGGGCAAGGCCAGCAGGUCUCCCUGGAACGGGCUGGGAGGCAGGUGGCACAGGGCCCCGGGGGAUGUGCUGGUUGGGGGCUGGAGGGAGAGGUUCAGGAUCCCCGGGUGGCCCGGUCUGGCCCUGCAGGAGUCCUGUGUUAGGCUUUAGAGCUGGGACAGGCCUGGAAUUCACGGUCCCUCCAGGGGUGCUGGGGGCCUGAGCUCCCCAGAUUCAAGGAGCAGCCUUGGCUGGCGGCCAGCAAGGGGGUCCUCCUCCUCCAGGGAGCCCCCUGCCUCUGCCCCAGGGCUAUUUCCACACACCCAGGCCCCCCGGGAUCCCAGCUGCGGAGAAAGCAGAACCAAGCCACAGAACGCCCUCCGUGCCACUGCCACUGAAGCCAGCCACCCUCAGGGCCUCGAGGGUCCACGCCAGGGCUGGGUGCUCCUGCCACCUAGCAUGGAAGAGCUAGAGGUUCUGAGACAGCCCCUCCAACCAGGCUGCCCCCACGUGGCACUGAUGCGGUUCGAGGAGUCCACAGCACUGAGGCUGUGUGGGCGCACCCACCUGCACCCGUCAGCCAGAUGAGGCCAGGGUCCAGGUGGCCUGGCUGC